AUGUCUGGCAGCACCACCUACAAGAAGCUCGUCAUCACUCAAUUUAGCAAUGACAUUCGCAAGGCUGGGGCCGUCGUGGAGGAAUCCCUGCGACCGCCCGCUGCCGGGGAGAUUCUGGUGAAGAACCACUACUCGGGCGUCAAUGCCACUGAUAUGAACAUCAUCAUGGGACGGUCGGCUUUGGCCAUUGGUGGCGGUGGAUUGCCCUUGAAUAUUGGACUGGAGGGACUGGGGGUGAUUGAGGCCAUCGGCGAAGGAGUUGACCAAAAAAAGUUCACUAUCGGCCAGCCAGGACUGGUGCUGGCCAAGACGCCCAAAGCGUACGCCGAGUACAUUUACGCCAAAGCGGAUGAGUUCUACCCGGUGCCUGAGCUGAAGCCGCAGUACCUGGCACUGCUCGAUUGCGGACUGACGGCCACCAUCGGUCUGGAUAAGAACGGAAUCGACGUCAUCUGGGAGACAAUAGGCGGCGCCGUCUUUGAGACCCUUUUCAGCCACCUGGCACUGGGCGGCCGUCUGGUGAUUGUGGGCGCCAUCAGUGGCUACAAAACAGUCGGGUUUCCGCCCAUUCAGAUUGACAACUUGGCCACCAAGCUAAUGAACAAGUGUGCCUCGCUGAUUGGCUUUCGCUUUCGCCACUUUGAGCGCCAUUUUGCGGAGUACCUCGGCGAGCUGGUGGAGCUCUACCGAACUGGGCAGUUGACCGUUCAGAUUGACAUUGGCGGUGGUGAUGUACCCUUUUCCGGCGUGGCCGCCGUUGUCGACGCCGUUGAG